AUUAUAUUUAGGUUCAGAGCUGGACGCCUGGACCCCAAAACUUAGGACUAGUAUUAUGAAUUGAAUAUUGAAUAGAACAUGAUGUGGCAAGAUCUGGGUGGGUACUGAAUGUCCAAUAGAUGACCAAAAUCCCACCUAAGAAAUUUCAAUGCAAAUUUGCCCCCCUUUGUUUUCUGUUGAUUCAUUUUGUUUUUCUGGUAAACAAUUCAUUGCUUCUCAUUUACCAAAAUUUUUUAAAGUCAAUCAAUUUGGUACUGUUAAUAUUCUUUACUGCCAAUGUGAAAUUUCAAAACAAAAACAGCCAUAGUUCUUUCUAGGUUAUUGGUGCGUUACUUUCAAUUCCAAAGGAAGAUUUCCCAAAUCUGAAAAAGAUGUGAGAUUUAUCAAAAUAUAAAAUUAAUAAAUUUAAGAAAAGGAAAAAGAAAGCAGAAAGGGCAUUUAUACAUUUAAUAAACAUUUUGACAAGUUGCCUUGAGCAUGUGUUAUGUAUUUAAAAACACUAGGGUGGGGUAAACAGAAAUAAAAACAAAACAUUUAGGCAUAAAACUCAGUCACGCACAUGAAAAUUCAAGCUUGAAGGCAAUUCUCUUAAAACAAGAAGAAAAAAAAAAUGAAAAAGUGUGAGCUCUGCAACUCUCUGGCAAAGAUAUGUUGUGAAUCAGAUCAAGCCAUCUUGUGCUGGGAUUGUGACUUCAGUGUACAUGGGGCCAAUUUUCUGGUUGCGAAGCAUUUAAGAACUCUUCUUUGCCACCUCUGUCAAUCUCCUACGCCCUGGAAUGGCUCCGGACCAAAGCUUGGCCCGACUGUUUCUGUUUGCGAAAAUUGUGUGAAUAGAAAUGCUUGUAGAGAGGAGAUAAGAAAUGAAGAAACAAGCGAUGAAAAAGAUGAAGAUGGUGAUCUUGAUGAGGAAGAUGACAGUAGCGAAGAUGAUGAUGGAGACAGUGGUGGUGAUGAAGAAAAUCAAGUGGUUCCAUGGUCAUCUAUGCCACCAGUUUCCAGUUCUUCAACAAGUGAAGAAUGUUCCACCAGGUUUGGCAGCACCCAAGAAACUGCUUCUCAAUCAAGAACAGUACAUUCAUUUAAGCGCAUGCGUGAGACUGCAGAGCCCGCUUCUCGACAGGAUCGUCCAGACUGCUCAUAUUCUCCACAACAUCAUGAAUUUGUCAAAUGAAUCAGCUUCUUUAGAUGCCUUCUGGUCACUGAAAGACCAGAAAAUACCAGUGCGAGACUCUCUCAAGGAAUUACAGAAGUGUAUGGUUGCUGGAGAUGGAUGAAGAAGUCACAAAAAUGCUUGAUAUCUACAAAUGGCAAAAGCUGCUUCAAGAUGUUAAUGGCAUUUUUACUGUAAUUAAUUUUCUUUUAGUACGAGGUAACUUUCUCUAAUUAGAAGUCAGCCAGUCUUGAUGGAUCUGUAUUGGUUUGUGUUUAAUUAAAGCAGAAAUGUAUGUGUUUUAAUCUUUCUUUUCUUGUUGAAAUUAGUUUUAAAUUGAAGCUGAAAGCACAUUCUGUACCAA